GCUAGCCCGGCCUCGCCUCGCGCAACAUUGGAGCAACCGCGCGCUUCGUUGCCUCCCGGGCUCUCGCUCUCAGUGCUCCGCCGCCGCCACGCCGCGACGACGUCUCAGCAGCCAGCACUGCGAAGCGUACGCGGUCUCUCUUGGGCUGAUGGGGAGGCACGCUGGCGUCGUCCUUCUUGCUCUGACGGUAGUGCUGCUGCUCGCCGCCGUGGGUGAUGGCAUCAGACCAGCUCCUACUGCUGGGGCGAGCGAGAUGGUGCAUGGAUCGACGACGACGACGACGGAGAUGGUCGUCGUAGCUGCGCCGUCAGCUGCACAGGUGCAGGGGAAGAGGAGCAGGGGCGGCAAGGACGACGACCUGGUGCUGCGGGAGGAGGUGGUGCGCGCGACGGGGUCGAGCCUCCCGGACUGCUCGCACGCGUGCGGGGCGUGCUCGCCGUGCAGCCGCGUCAUGGUCAGCUUCAAGUGCUCCGCGUCCGAGCCGCUGCCGUGCCCCAUGGUGUACCGCUGCAUGUGCAGGGGCAAGUGCUACCCGGUGCCAUCCAGCUGACGGUGAUGCCGCGCGAUCGAGUUGCAUAUGGACAGUUGGAGACUUCUCCGGCCGUCUGAGCUAAUCACGUACGCACGGUGUACACGCGGCAGUUUUUGUAAAUGGCGAUCGGCGAUGAGUCGUUACCUAGCGCUAGCUAGCUAGUAGUACUAAUAAUGCUGUACGUGGAGGAGAGAUCCUGAUCUUGUUGAGUCAUUUUUGGGGAGGUGUCCGAGGGCUGAUGCAUUGUGUACUGUAGGAUCGAUGCAUGAACAGCAGGACAAGGUCUUUGAGACACGCUAAGAAAAAGCUGCAGUGUGUUCGCUCUCCUUAGUAGAUGUACGACGCUCUCUUUGCUAAUUUAAGUACGUAAAAUCUUU